UAAUUCAACUCUUAACAGAUAACAUUUGGUCCUGCUCUGGAAUGUAGGACCAAAUGUCAUCUGUUAAGAGUUACAUUAACACUGGACAUUUUACUGUGUAGGGAUACACUGUGCACUCCUGUAAAAUGCCACAGGCGUAUGCAGGUGAAGUGACUAUCUUCUGAUGCACUCACAUAAACAGCGUUAAACAACGGCCAAAGUCACAAUCACUGUCUCUCGGCGAAUAUUAUAUAAUUUUAAAUAAUGAUUGUCCAAUGAUAGUCAAGUCUAGAGUUGUCUUAAGGAAGCAGCGCAAAUACAGUGGCGUUUGUGACUACGUCACACCAUACACUCUUAAUCCAUGUGGGCGCCGAUAAAAAAAAAACUACCAUUCAGAAAAGCUGGUUGAAGGAACUGAGACAGUUAUGUGGCAAUUAAGAACUCCAGAAACAUUAGUGCGCCUUAAUACUUCCCAUAUUGUGCUAUUCAGAAUGACAAAGCAAUGUGUGCAAGAGAAAAUAAGUGCUCUACUGAUAAAAACUGAAAGCAUACGGCUGCUUCUCGCAUGGUGGCAUUGGGGCGGAGUAUUGAACUGCUGUGAUUGAUUGGCUAGCUGCUGAAGCUAUAGAUCGUCCGUUGCUAAGGGAACCAUACUGAUUACGGGACAGAAUUCCUUUGGUCUCUGGCUUAGCAAUGCUGGUUGUCUUCACUCACUCUUGCUGCAGUAUGAAUAGAGCUCUGUUUCAUUUUUUAAAAUCUUGUGAAAACAUCCACCAUGAUGCAUCAGCGAAUUUAUCUGAGUGGGUCAAUCCCCCUGAGAACUCUUUCACUAGCUUUCUAAAUCGUGAAAAUAAGACGAUACGAGCCUGGCUGUGUGAAUAUCUGUUUGAAUGUUUGAAUACCCAACGUUGCGACGACCGUUGCAUUGUGUCUCUUAAUCCCGGGACAAAGCGGGAAAGGGUCGGCGAGACUGGGUGUCCGAAUAUCUGUUGAAUUUCCAACUUCAAACCAACUUCACCUCGGUUUGCGCAGAUCGUGCGAUGGUAUGAUUACGUCAUUACAGCCGGCAGUAACAAAGCCGCGUUCCUUCAGCAGCCCGCUUCAAGACCGUGGACAGCUCCGUUUCACCGAGGUCGGUCUGAAGUCGGGAGAGAAUCAGCCCCCGGGUGAAAAACAUCACUUGUGAGACGUGGAGUUCUGUAAACGGAGCAUAUGUAAAAGAAUGCGUUAAAAAACCGUACGCAUUGAGUGUACAACCAAUGGAAAAAUGCACACUCGUUAAAUUAGCUCUGUCGGCAGGUUUGUAGUAGAUUAAUAUUUUUUUCAUCAAAUCAUGCACGACUGCAGAUGGGAUGGCGCAUGAGGCAACACGAUUUCUGCUGAAGUGAAGGAGAGACAAGAGCAGACAUGGAUCCAGAGUACUCGCUCUUUCUGCAUAGGAUUCUUGACGAGUUGGACACCAAGUACAGCAGUGUGUCAUACCAGGACCUGUGUAAGUCCCUGUGCACCAGGUUUGACUUAGCCCACUUAACCAAGCUGCGCAGCCUGCUGUUUUACAUGGCCCGCCUGGACCCAAGCUUCCCCGCCACCCUCUUCAGGGAAAAGAUGAGGUGCUCCGGGGAUGACCAGCAGUCCAAGAAGCGGACCGUGGCUGCAGACAUCGUCACCAUGUUCAAUCUCAUUCAGAUGAAUGGGGGGGCGACUGUAGACAAACGUCCCUCCUCAUACCGGCCCAAAGUCCACAAGAACCAAUCCUUUGAGUCCUGCCGGUCGGAUAGUGACGUGUACCGGUACUCAGGCCGUGAUAGGGCCCAUGACUUCCUGGAUGGCGGGGCCCCUCCCCCUUCAAGAGCCUCGCCUUGCCCUAAAUCGGACUGCAACGGCUGUCAGCACUUCAUUCCGGCCCCCAACCCCAGCCUCCUUCUGGGAGUCGGUGGUGAUCUGAAGUGCAGAGCGGCAUCUCUCGACAAACUGCAGCACCUCCCACAGCACCUUCCUCAGCACCUCCUGCACUACGGCAGCGCCCGCUCACCCUCCCCCUGCGACAUGCAGAGCACCUACUUCCCCACGGACAUCGACAGCGAGUCCACCACCGACGCCGACUCCCUGAACCCGGCCGUCAAGGAGACGCUAGUGUCCAGCGCGGAGCCCCUCGCCUUGCACUCCUGCGUCCACAAGAGGAACAUCUUUAAGGAGGAUUUUCACAACCUCCCAGCUUUCUCGCCUCAGGUGAUCACCACGGACUCCACGCCUGGGGUCCAGUCAGGUGGAGCGUACCCCCAGGGUGAGCUACGCAAACCCCCCAACUUCUUCAACCACAGCUUUGAGCUUCCGUACAGCAACCCGUACAGUGAGCCUGCCCGCUCUCCCUGCCCAGAGGCCCGCCGUGCUAAGCAUGAAAGCCUGGAUGACCUGCAGGCGUCCACCUACUUCGGUCCUACACCGGUGACUGAAUGUGCUGGUGGCGGGAGAACACCGGGGAAACCAGGCCGGCAGCCAGCCUGGCCAAUCAAGAGCCUGAGCCUGAAUACCGAAGAGGGGCCAGGUUUUGAGCGGUCUUUCCUGAAGCAGUCUAGAAAUGAGCGGCGCCACAUCGGUGGCAGCUUGGAUGACGAGCACCAUUAUCAGGCCACCAAGGAGCAACCAGCCAUCUCCCCCUCUGCGUUUGGAGCCAAACUCGCUGGGCCCAAAAUGAAGGAUGCCAGCUCCGUGGCUGGGGGAGCGGGGGCCGAUAGAAGAGAAGGCAUGAAGCGAUUCAAAGACAAAAGCAUCAACUGCACUUCUCUCCAGGGUGGAGGGGUGGAGAACAUGCUCAGUGUGGGCACACAGACAGAGAACUGUGACCGCAGAAGACUGAGGGACUUUGUGAGCCUCAGCAAGUACGGUGAGAAGCACCCUUUCACCCGCUCCGAGGAGGAUAGCGAUGACAUCAGCGACAUAUUCCGCUUCCUUGACGACAUCAGUGUAUGCGGCUCCACAGGAGUCAUCCAGUCAUCCUGCUACAACAGUGUGGGCUCCCUCUCGCAGGUGAAGUCGGAUGGUGACAGCUCACCCGAGCAGAGCAGCGCAAAGCUAGGCAAGGGUGCUAAGAAGCUGGAGCGGCUCUUCCACUCCCUGGAGAGCACAGACGACGAGCUUAAGGCCAGCAUGGUUAAGCUGGUGCUGCGCAUCGGACAGAUUGAGAAGAAGCUGGAGUCCCUGUCUGGGGUGCGGGGGGAGAUCUCGCAGGUCCUGUCCAAACUCAACAAGCUGGAUCAGAAGAUCCAGGAGCCGGAGGUCGUUGGGAGACAGAAAGAAAUGUCCCCUCAAAGCGAGCUCCGCCUGAACAUGGACUCGUCACCCAUAGCCUUCCGCUGCCACACCACCGGGCACGUGCCCAAAGCCGACGGUAAGGCCGAAUGGUGCUGCUUGGAUGUCAGUGCGGCGGGCAGUGACGGCAGGCGGGUCAAGUCUCUGAAGAGGAGUCUGUUCUCACGACAAUCGUCCCGCUGCCUGACAGAGGACAGUGCCACAGAGUCCAAAAUCGCCAGCAUCUCCAACUCGCCGCGUGACUGGCGGCCUGGGACCAGUGAGGAAGGGAAGGAGAAAGACCGUGACAGCAAAGACCGGCACCGCAAACAAAAAGAGAUAGACCGGUCCAAAGUGCCGAAGGACUCCUACCUGAUCGAGCAGGUGUUCAGCCCGCCCCCCUUCCCACCAUCCAUCAAGUCCCACAUGAAGGGAAGCCCGCUGUACACGGACCUGCGCCUGAGCGAGCUGCCCGAGGGCAAGCGGAUGGCGCCCCCCUGGGGCCUGGACAAGAGCAAGCUCCCCGCACUGGACCUGCAGACUCAGGACUCCCUGAAUCCCAACAACCUGGAGUACUGGAUGGAGGACAUCUACACGCCGGGCUACGAUUCGCUGUUGAAGCGCCAGGAGGCGGAGUUCAGGAGGGCGAAGGUGUGUAAGAUCCGAGCCCUGGUUGUGGCGGCCGCCUGCACUGUGAUCUUGGUAAUUGUUGUUCCAAUUUGUACCAUGAAGUCAUGAAGAGAUUAGUGAUCCAGCCUUACCAACUGGCUUAAUGCUCCAGACAUGCAAACUGGUUAAAUGGUCCAGUCUUACAAACCAAUUUAUUGGUCCAGUCUUACAAACUGGUUACUGGUCCAGUUUUACAAACUAGUUCAAUGGUCCAAUUUAACAAACUGGUUAAAUGGUCCAGUCUUACAAACUGGUUUAAUGGUCCAGUCUUGCAAACUGGUUUAAUGGUCCAGUCUUGCAAACUGGUUUAGUGGUCCAGUCUUACUAACUAGUGUACUGCUCCUGGCUUGCGAACUGGUUUAAUGGUCCAGACAUACAAACCAGUUUAAUGGUCCAGUCUUACAAAUGGCAAACUGGUUUAAUGGUCCAGAUUUCCAGACUGGUCAAAGUGAUGUGCCAGAGCUCCUGGUCCUUUUAAACCACACCGGAUGAUAUGCGUUAUACUCAUUGCGAUGGAGAGAAGAAAAUGUUAAGAUGUUCAAAUGAUUUUGCUGUUGUGUGUAUUUAAUUAUAUAUUAUUGUAUUUCACCAACAAUUUAUUUUGAACGGAAUGAGCACAUUGUUCUGCAAUACAUACCUUCAUAUGUUUGUGUAUGAAAAUAUUGUUACAUCAUUUUGUGUAAAAACAACAUUUCUAUAAUUUGCAACUGGUGCAUUGUACAGGCAUUUUAUCUCCUCCAGGGUUAUUUUCUUAAUUGUUUAACACUCUUGACAUCUUUUUAUUUUAAUAGAAUUAUAUACAUCUGUGCAUUUAAGUGUUAUUUUCAUGAAUUAACUGACUGAAGUUUGUGUUUGUGGGAAAACCCCAUAGUAUAACAUAAAGCAGAGCUUAUCCUCACCAUUGUAAAAGCCUCUUGCUGUCCUUGAAAUGUUAUUUUCAACUGAGCAAUCAGGCUGUCGAGAGUACAGAAGGUUGUUGCUUGUUCUGGGUCAGGUUUUCUCUGAUUGGGUAAAAUGUUGUCCAAUAAUAUAUUCUUGAAGUUGUUCCCAACCACCAGUGAGUGCUGCCUAACAGAGAGCGUCUAUUUGAUUCAGUUUAAGAGUGCUGACUGCUCUGACCUGCCCGAGUCUGAGACAAAAUGCCAUUACUGUAACAUCAGUCUCUUCAUGGCCCUUACAAACUCUUAUGAACCACCUGAUAUUACAAGCCCUCCAGCUACAGUCUUUCUCUUACCCCUGCAUCUACAGCAGUCCGAGGCUUGGGGGAAGGCUUCAUGGGUCUGGAUGCGCUUACUUACGUUUAUUGGGGAGGUCCAGGAUGGUCAGUUCCAUCAUCUGCCUUUGACAAUGUGGACUGACUGAGCCUGGGGUGAAUUGUGAUGUUCUGAACAGGACCUGCCAUGUCAAUGACACUGAGACCCAAUAAAACAAUAAAACAGCAUUGCCCUUA